GGAUAGUGCUGCAAGAUUAGCCUGUUGUUGUGGCGGGCCUCACACUAUCGAAGGCCGCAAUGCCGAUGAAGCAGAACGCCACCGUUCGGACACUGAUUUCAAGUUGGGUAUAUCUGGUACCAGGUACGAGGAUAUCAUGACACCACUCGCAUGAUUCGGAUGAUCCAAACAAGCACUUCUACUGUGUGCCUCGCUCUACUCGCGAUUCCGGAACGAUUCCCAAACGUUAUAAUCUGUAAUCAUCCUCGUCUGCACCUCGGCUACACAGGGUAAACAUCAACAAUGUUGACCGUACACCCAAUUGACAGUCUGUUGCGACUGCCCCCUUCAGGUCCAAAUCCUCUAUACACAUACGAGGAAUCCGACAAGCGACUUACAUCUCUGCAUCUUGAACGCAAAGAAUAUCACGCCCGCAAACCGAAGAUCGAAAAGUCAGCAUCCACAAGUAUCAGCGAUGCGAAAAAGCGAGAAGGCGCACCCAAACUAUGGAAGACUCCAUCCACUUUCGCCAUGUCAGCCCUACACAGUCCCUGGUACACCGCGAUGCUGCGUCUUCAAAGCACGCUCAUCCACACCUCGGUGGACUUCUUCAACCAAUGCAUGGGUUACCGCUAUGUUAUCGUCCCUAUGACCACAGGCAGUAUCAGCUCUCCUAUGGGCCUUGGCUCAGACUCGCAGCCUGUUUCUAUUGAGCUUGCUGGCACGAGGACUUAUCUUGCGGAUUCCCAACAGUUCACACUUGAGUAUGCGCUAAGACUUGAAGAUGGUCUCAAAGGAGCAUACUACCUGGGUACUUCGUGUCGUGGUGAGGACCCGGAUGCAACGCAUCUGAACCAAUUCUGUCAUGUGGAGUGUGAACUUCUUGGAGAAUUGGAAGAUGGCAUGCGUGUCGCGAACGAAUAUGUAAUCGCACUUGUCCAGGCGUUCAAGAAGAACCAUCGCAUUGAAGUCGAAAGGAUUGCUGGGACCACGAAACAUCUUGAUGAUAUGCUGGAUCUGUAUCAAGCACACGGCAAUGCCUUCCCCAUGAUUACACUGGACGAUGCUCUCGCUCUCCCAGAGAUGACUGAGAAUAUGUGGUACUACGCAGUAGAGGGACGACCUCAAUACGGUCGCUGCUUGUCGCGUGUCGGAGAGCAAAUGCUCAUCGCAAAAUUCGGCGGUGCUGUCUGGCUUACUGAGAUGGACCAUAUGAGCGUACCGUUCUACCAGGCAUACGCAGGAGACAACCGCAAGGCGCGUUGCGGAGAUCUGUUGAUCGGAAUGGGCGAAGUCGUUGGCUGUGGUAACCGGCAUGAAACAGCUGAGCAAGCCCUGGAUGCGUUAGAACGUCAUGAGGUGGACCCAGCAGAGUAUGACUGGUAUGUCGAAAUGCGGAAGGUGAAAGAGCUCAACACGACUGGUUGGGGCAUCGGAUCCGAGCGCUUCUUAGCAUGGAUCCUGCAGCACGACGAUAUCCGAGACAUCCAGCUCUUGCCCCGUCUCAAGGGCAUGUUGUGUGCUCCAUGAAAAGUUGUUUCAAAAUAAUGCUACGUACCAGACAUGUUGCGAGACCGUACACCUAAUGAUGUUGCCCUGCAAAGUCAACUUGAUCGUGAUGCCAGUAGCUAAGUGAACACGUGAUGGGAGGCUGUCAAUUCCUGUCGUCAGAGGUCCAAAGAGCGCGUGCAGCCACACAGGACGCUGUCACCAUUUGUCUCCACGGUUUCAAGUGAAAUGGUGCCCAGGUGGUGUGUGCAACACCACGGCGAAUGGCAGCCUUAGGCAUUAGGAGUG